GUCUAUGAGACUCUGUAUGUGUGCUUUGUAGAGAGGUAGACGUCGCGAUGUAAUAAGAGCUCGCUGGAGCGACGUCAGAAACAACCACAGAUCAGCGCUGAAUCGCUUCGCGUGGCCCCGCGUCGCAUGAAUAAAUCGCUGAAAACCCGCACGUUUCGCUAAAAAAUACACCAGCUCGGGCCCGAACUCGUACUACGAGGCGACCUACCACCACGAUGAGGCGUGGAGUAGGGCCAGAACUUGUAGAGAACAUGUCUAGUAGUUCGUGGCGGCCACCGCCACUUGUCCAGCACACGCCGCCACAUGAUGUACCACUUCAUAAUCGAAUCGACGCUGCCGCACGUGAAGCCCUGCACGGCGAUGCAGAAGCGCAGUCCCUUGACAACAAAUGACUAACCACGUAAAACGCACUAUCACUGUGUCCGGUUGUAUUGCUUCCACAUCACUGUAGGUAUACAUAGUACUCAGACGCCGAUCGUCAGACCGCUGCCGACGAGGCGAUGCCCCAGUGGUCCAACUAGGUGUGGCUUAGAGCUUCCCAAAAUCCCAAGAUGCAAGGAGGUAGUACCCCUCGUUGUACCUGCGCAUGGAUUGUUUCUGGGCGCGAUUGCGUCUCUAAUACUAGACGCUGCAUUGCCACACGCACCCGGGACGGAGGCCCUUUAUGUAGAAGACCCCCUUUGGGCCGGACGCCGGCGUCCAUCGAUUGUGAGUUCCAUGUAUACACGGCCGCCACCGUACCGCCGUCGCGAGGCCGCGCCGUCGCCGUCAAGUUGAAGGCCGUGCCGUCGCCCGCGCCGCGAUCCGGGCUCGGCGCAAUUUGAAGGCGCGCGGUCGCAUACAAAUUUGAAGUGUGCCGUCCGCUUCUCUCGUGCCGGCCGUGUCGCGUCGCGCUCGUAGUGUGUCGGUAGUGUGUGUGUGCGACGCCCUCGUCGCGCGCCGCGCGUUUUUGUGGCUGCAGUGUGUGUAUGGCGGUUCAUCGUGCUGCCUUAAAAGCGCGCAGCGGUUCGCCGGUGCCCCUACAAGCUCGUCGGGCAUCGCGCGAGGUCGGCCGUCUUGAUCGUAUACAGUCGUCCAUCCGUCAAAGGAAUGGGCGCGCGCGCGUCGUCGGGCAGCGCCGCGUCUCAGUAGCUGUCUUGUGGAGGGGCAGCAGCUCCCCGCCAUCGCUGGCGUCGGGCAGCGCUGCAGGCGGCGGCGAGCGAGCGAUGCGUUGUCGAGAGCGCGCUGCCUUUGGUGAGGCGCCGACGUCGCGCACCAGGCCGGGGACAAGCCGUCGUUCCAUC